AUGCCUAAAGCACCAGGUUCAGUAGGUUCGGGAACGGGCGGCGCUACUGUCCUCAAGAGAAAUCAGGCCUGCCACCAGUGCAGACGACGCAAAUUGGUGAGUUUCAAGAUACGCUCCACCAGUGAUGCCAGACGACCGUGCUCGACCUGUGUUCGUUCGCAUAAGCAUGCUCGCGAUCAUGCUCAGCCUGGAGCGAGCCUGCCGGAAACGCCGGAAUGCACAUUCGACGAAGUUGCAACGACGGAGAUCCCAUCUACCCCAUCGGACAGUCCCAAGAGCAGGUUUGAACGACUGGAGACUCGGAUAAAGGAGCUCGAAACACUUUUAAGUCAAAAGGAGCAGGCAACAUCCCCUGAUGCAAAUCCACCUGGCAGUUCAGCUGCCUCGUCUACCCAGAAUUCACCUAGUUCUAUUCAAUCUGUGCCAUUGAAUUCACGUUCCGGAUCGGCAUCCACAAUGAGCUUUCCGAGUGAGCUGAAUUCCCUAUUAUCACCAUCUACUUUGGACGUGGAUGCCCAGACGGUUAACCCGUACUUUUGGAAUGGCAAUUCGGGUCUCAUGGGGGGUGCAAGCGUCGGGAUCGAUGCUCCCAUGCUCUCAUCCAGCACGGACGUUAUCUGGUCACAUUGGCCUGCCAACCUCCCUCACCUGGAACUCAUUCGUCACCUGGUGGAGAUGUUCUUCUUGUUUCACCCGCACGCAUCUCGCCUUUUUCACAGAGGCACCUUCAUAGCUUUGUUGUCAUACCCACCGGACCACCCUGACUUUCCCAUCGCUCCCAUUUUACAUGCUAUAUGCGCUGUCAGUGCCAUUUACACUGCAGCUGGAGGACCUCGAACAGAUGCCAGAGACUUCUCAUACGAAGGUCAAUUCGCACAACCAGACCUGCCUGAUACAUUUGCAGAGCAACAAGCAAUCCACGCUAAGGAAGCGAUCGAGAAGUACUUGAAGAAAGGUCAACACUUAGUUCAAUGCGUGCAAACGUACGUUUUGCUGAUGUGGUACUAUUGGUGUCACUCGAAUGGACAAACUUUACGCGUUGCGAUACCGUUGGGACUCAACGUUUGCCCUCCUUUCUCUUCGCUACAUAAGAGUGCCCCCACAUUGUCGAUAAUCUCUCCGCCUCGCACUCCAAUCGAGGAUGAAACUCGGAGAAACACCUUCUGGCUGGCAUAUGCGGUUGAUCGCCAACAUGGAUCCGGCACUGGCUGGGCGCUCUCCCUUGAUGACGACGACAUUGCCCAAAUGUUCCCAGUCACGAUGGAGCAGUUUGAGUUGGGGAUACCUGUGAACUAUAACGUGCGGCAGUGGUGUCAUGUGAGAGAAGCGGUGCUCUUUCAUCCACCCGAUAUCACCGAUUCCUUCACGUUGUAUAUCAAGAGCACUAUGCUUCUGUCUUUCAUCAAAAGCUUCAAUCACCGAUACAAGAUCAAAUCGAAUUUGGGAGAUCCGAAAUUCUUACCAGUUGGGAACUUUGCAACCCAGGGGUAUGGAGAUCAGCCGGACAUCCGGUCGUCCCCUGCCUUCUCGGAAUUAGAUCAGCUGCUCGUGUCAUUCCGAUCGUCAUUUCCCAGUAACCUGAAAGACCCAUUCAGGACGGGGCUGGUGGACUCACACCUAUACACCACUUUCCUGACCUCACACGUAUCAGUAAUCUUACUUCAUGAACCUCACUCGAAUAUCCAUAGGGCUAAUUGCACUUCCGCUGCCAAGAUACUCGAGAGUGCCCGUACGAUCCUUGAUCUCAUAUAUGCGGUGUGGUCUACGAACUAUGAUAUCGGACUUUUGGACUAUUUCUGCCCGUUUUGCUGGUAUCUCGCGGGGCGAAUUUUUAGCCGUUUCCUCCAUGCUGCUCAGGACGCUGGUUGUGUUCAACAGAUGGAAACCCUACAGGCAGAGCUUGAUUUUGUAAGGUUGGCAUUGAGCAAGAUGGCCGAGCGACUUCCCCUUGCACUACUCAGUGAGACAUUUUCAGACCGAUACCAUAGGAUGUUAGAUGCUUGCAUUCUGGAAGUCGGCGGUCCGGCAGUCGUGCAUUCGAGUCUUGCGGAUGGGAGACCAGUCCCUACCGUCACUAAUCAGCAGCUGCGUGCCAGUACUAGCGUUACGCAGACAAGCGCACCUCAGUACCACACGGCACUUCCUUAA